UAACAUUUCAAACCUUGAAUGGAUUAUGUUUCUUCCGGUUUAUGACCCGACCCGGCUUUUUCCGUCAAUGGCGCUAUCCAAAGCUAAUCCAUACGCCCACAGUGGGAGAGAAAGAGGGAACGAAGCUUCUUCUUCAUCUCAGCCAUGGCUAACCUUGCGACCUCCUUAACCUUCUCUUCUUCUUCUUCUCCUUCUCUAUGGAUCCUCAAACAUAAAUCUCCAAAUUACUGUACAUUCAAACAACUGCACUCUUUCCCUUCAUCCUUUCACUUCGACUACACGAAGCUCGUUUCUCUAAGGCAUAACCAUGGGGAAAGGUUUCCAGUGCUUUUCACUGUUCUUGACAAUGAAUCUGCGCUUACGGAGGAGGCCAUUGUGGAAGGUGAUGUUAAGAGCGAAGGUAGCGUUUCAAAUCAGGAAGUGAAAAAGCUAGCACGUCCUUGUGAGCUGUACGUUUGUAAUUUGCCGAGGAGUUGCGACAUUGCGGAGCUGGUCGAGAUGUUUAAACCUUAUGGCACAGUCUUGGCUGCUGAGGUUUCUCGGAAUCCAGAGACAGGCAUAAGCAAGGGAUGUGGCUAUGUCACAAUGGGUUCAAUAAACUCGGCUAAAGUUUCAAUUGCAGCAUUAGAUGGUUCUGAUGUUGGCGGACGUGAAAUGCGCGUUAGAUUUGCUGUUGAUAUGAAUCCCAAAAAUAGGAACCUUAAUAACUUGAAUUCAUCACCCAAGAAGAAUAUAGUAUAUGAAAGUCCUUACAAAGUAUAUGUCGGAAAUCUUUCGUGGGAUGUCCAACCUGGAGACCUGAGGAACCUUUUUAGCAGAUUUGGAACUGUGGUCAGUGCAAAAGUUUUGAACGAUCGUAGAGCUGGAAAAAGCCGCGUUUAUGGGUUUCUAUCGUUUUCUUCAGCUGCGGAGCGUGAUGCAUCGAUUUCUUUGGAUGGAACAGAGUUCAACAAAAGGAAGCUUGUUGUUAGAGAAGGUUUCGAAAGGAGCGAAUCUUGAAUGCAGUUAGUCUUCUUGCACAAGCCAACUAAAGUCAUGAACACUAUGGAAGAAUUGUUCCGAAACUUCCUCUGGAUAGGUAACAAUGACGGUAAGAGUCUUCAUCUUGUCAAGUAGGAAAAUCUCUCCUUCAUCCCAAGGAGAAAGAGAAGGGCUCGGCCGAAAGGAUCGGAAUAGAGCCCUCCUAGCAAAAUGAAUUUGGCAUUAUCAAUGUGAGAAAAUAACUAUGGUACCACGCCUCUCGACAACUAACUGGGCAGCAACUCGCAAGCGUUCAUGGAAAGCCAUUACGGAACGUUGCUCUCUGAUUCAUGAUAGAAGAUCCUAUGCUUUUGAUGAUGAACCCCCUCUGGCAGGACUUUAUGGGUUGGAUAUGAAUCUCUUGCGAGAAAUAUCCCUUUUUUUUUUUUAUAUAUAUAUAUAUAUGUUAAUCUUUUACCUUUUUCUCGGCGAAGAGAGUGUGACCGUGCGUCUAGAUUGAAUUUUUAAAUAUCUAUAAACAUUUUUUAAACAUUUAGAAAGUUAAUUUAAGCAUACCGUAGGAACCAAAA